AUGCGGGCUGACAUGCGCAGUCGCUUCACCAGAGACGGGCGCUGUUCCUACACGUUUGUCCUGCCCCCGUCAGACGACAGGACGUGCGGCUCGGGCCACGAUUUGCGCGCACGCCAGGAGCUCCAACAGGUCACCGAGACGGUAGAGCACCAGCAAAGCGCCGUCCGGCACAUGCAGGGUGAACUGGAACGGCUGGCGCAACAGGCGGACGACGUGGAGGGGAGGGUGAUGCUACUGGAGGGCAAACCGUCCAGUCUUCUGUGGGAGGAGGUGCUGAGGCUACAGAAGCAGAACCAGGCGCUAGCUGGACAGGGGACUGUGAUGUUCGAAUUCCUGGAAGGGAAACCGUCAAGUCUUCUGUGUGAGGAGGUGCUGCGGUUACAGAAGCAGAACCAGGCGCUAGCGGGACAGGUAAACUAA